AAUUGCCAAAACUUCCAAAUGCAGGAAGAGAAAAAAAAAAAAAAAAGAGGAGAGGAAGUGCAGAAACAAGAAAUGUGGUGACGUUGCUAAUCUAAUUAUCACAAGAUAUCUUAUCCUCCUCCAUCCAUUUCCCCUUCACUCAACUUAAAGACCCAAAAUUCAGAAAAAACAUACAAACCCCACAAGACUCCUUAUACUCAAUGUUCAAUCUUCAUAGCACUCUAUUUACAUGAGAUUGGAGUUGGUGGUCAUCCGGUUGAAUAAUGGCGCUUGCCCCCCAUUCAAACUUUCUGUCCAACCAUGAAACCAUCAGCUGUCAUGUGGGGUCAAAGCUUCAGAGUCAUAAAAGAUUUAGCUGCGCAAGGACAGAUUACUUUGGUGCUAUAGUCAUAGUGAAAAUUUGUUCUAGAAGACAGAUACCUACAUAUUUGCAGAAAUCUCCUAGAAUACGCUCUAGUUUGGAUUCUAGAGGUCUGCAACUAUCAUCACAGGGGAAACAAAACCUCUCUUCUGCACAUAGUGUUAACCAGAAUGGACCUAAGGGAAAUACAAUAUGCAAAGUUCCAGAGGAUGUAGCUUUGAUGGUCUGGAAGAAAUGGGGCCAAUUGGCCAAAACAGCAAUUGUAACUAUAUUCAUUUUGUCAGUUGCUUCAAAGGCUGAUGCUGUUGAUGCUCUCAAAACUUGUACUUGCUUACUGAAAGAGUGCAGGAUAGAGCUUGCAAAGUGCAUCGCAAACCCUGCAUGUGCAGCUAAUGUUGCCUGUCUCCAGACUUGCAACAACAGACCUGAUGAAACAGAAUGUCAGAUAAAAUGUGGUGAUUUGUUUGAAAACAGUGUUGUAGACGAGUUCAAUGAGUGUGCAGUCUCCCGGAAGAAAUGCGUACCUCGUAAAUCUGAUGUCGGUGACUUUCCUGUACCUGACCCCAGUGUUCUCGUCCAAAAGUUUGACAUGAAAGAUUUUAAUGGAAAAUGGUUCAUCACUCGCGGUUUAAAUCCCACAUUUGAUGCUUUUGAUUGUCAGUUGCAUGAGUUCCAUACAGAAGGAAACAAACUUGUGGGAAAUCUGACUUGGAGAAUAGGGACACCUGAUGGAGGAUUUUUCACUCGAUCAGCCGUGCAAAAAUUCGUGCAAGAUACAAAGUAUCCAGGGAUACUCUACAAUCAUGAUAAUGAGUAUCUUCACUACCAAGAUGACUGGUAUAUUUUGUCAACCAAAGUAGAAAACAGUCCAGAUGACUACAUAUUUGUGUACUAUAAGGGCAGAAAUGAUGCAUGGGAUGGAUAUGGUGGUUCUGUACUUUAUACAAGAAGCUCAGUUUUGCCUGAAAGCAUUAUACCUGAGUUACAAAUUGCAGCUCAAAAAGUUGGUCGUGAUUUCAACACGUUCAUUAAAACAGACAAUACUUGUGGCCCUGAACCACCCCUUGUUGAGCGGUUGGAGAAGAAAGUGGAAGAAGGAGAGAGAACAAUCAUAAAAGAAGUCGAGGAAAUAGAAGAACAAGUUGAGAAGGUGAAAGAUAAAGAAGUCAGCUUAUUCAGUAGACUGUUUGAAGGUUUGAAAGAGCUGCAACAAGAUGAAGAAAACUUCAUAAGAGAACUCAGCAAAGAAGAAAUGGAUAUUUUGGAUGGACUUAAAAUGGAAGCAACUGAAGUAGAAAAACUCUUUGGGAAUGCAUUACCAAUAAGGAAAUUAAGGUAAAUAUUGUUGAGAGAGAAAUAUUGAAAAUUAUUCACAUGCAGAAUGUAUAGCUUCUAUUUUAUUUAUUUUAAAUUUUUUGCCUGGAAUAGAUUGCUCAUUUAUAACAUAAAUAAUAUAUUUCUUCUCCUUUAAAAUCCCUA